AUGACCGUCAGCCCGAACAGAAACAUCGCAAUCGUGGGAGUCGGAUCCCUCAUGUCCAAGUCCCUUGCUAUCUGGCUAGCCAGCCUAGGAUGGAACAUCGCCCUGAUCUCCCGCUCCGAGAAGAGCCUCUCCAACAUCGCCGACGAAGUGCGUCAGGCCCAGCAAGAACGCAAAGGAGGAAAAGUCAUCUACCGGGCUGCCGACGCCAGCGAACCUACAAUCCUCAACGCCGCGCUGGACUGGUGUGUGCAAGAACUCGGGGGGAAGUUGGACGUGUUGAGCUACAACGCUGCCCGCGUCAGUCUGUCCUCUGUCACCGACAUGACGGCCGAGGAGCUGGAGCAGGACUUUAAGGUCUCGGCCGUGGGCACGCUUACUGCUGGUCAGUGGUUUGCUCGCGGGAAUGCCAAUGUGGAGAAAAUUGCGGAGGGCGAAUGGCCGGUUUUCCUUGUCACUGGUGGCGUCUUGGAUAAGCAGCCUGAGGAGGCCCUUGCGUCGCUAUCUGCCGUCAAAGCAGCUUCGCAGACACUUAGUCGCAUUUUUGCAAAGUCAUUGCCCGACAAGGCGAAUAUCCUGGUUGGCAUGCCUCUGAUCUCAGGACGGGUGGUCAGUCCCGGGGACAGUGAAUAUAGCGAGAAGUUCGAUGCGGAUGGCAUUGUGUCUACCGUUUUCAAGCCUUUCUUUGAGGACCGCGAAAACCGAAGGGAUGGAAAGGAAGGAUGGGUGGUUGAGAGGGUGCUUUAG